AUGGCGACAGUCCAUGAUGCGGACCCUACCUUCUAUCCCGCGUUCUGCUUCAAGGCGUCGCCAACAAAUUUCGCCUGGGUGAAAAUGGCUGCCGCGGACCUGCAUCGACUGCAGAGACCCAGAGGCUUUGAAGGCCAAAAAAUCUUCUUCUAUAAGAACCACCCAAUUCGCUUUGUCAGUGUGGUCGGCGUGAUCGUAGCCCGAACAGAGAUCACCAAGCGCACGAUUCUGACGCUAGACGACAGUAGUGGUGCCACAAUUGACGUCUGUGUCCUGCAGUCUGAUCCACAGGACAAGGACAAAACACAAGCAGAGGGCAAUCAGACCUCAGAGACCUCUCGUGCCGAAACAGCAGCCGCGGCGUCGCUCGAUGCCUCGGAAGAAACACCGGGCGCGAAAGCGCCGAUGGUGCAGACAGAACAUAUCUCGGCGACAGACCGCACAGCCCUUGACAUUGCCUGUCUGCGGCCCGGAGCCACGGUGAAAGUCAAGGGCACGCUCUCCAGUUUCCGAUCUACAAUGCAACUCCACUUGGAGCGGUUUACGCUUAUUCGGGAUCCGAAUGCCGAGAUGCAGUUUGUCGAUGAGCGGCUACAGUUUCUAGUAGAAGUGCUUUCUGUGCCGUGGGUGUUGCUCGAUGACGAGAUUGAACAGUUAAGGCUAGAGGCGGAGAGGGGUGAUGUCAAGCUCGUUGAAGAAAGGCAUCGCGCCAAGCAGCGAGUCAAAAGGCGGGCUGAGCGGGAGGAGCGUGAUCAGCGACAUAUUCAGAGGCGGUAUGAGAAGGAGGAGCGGAAGCGGGCCAAAGAGGCGGUAGCAUGCAAAGAAGACAGUGUCACUUUUAUGCGGGAUAUCCGGAGGAAGAGUAUUCUCGCUGCUGACUAUAUCGAUGAGAAUGAAGCCAGCAGAUAA